AUGCACAUUGGUCUGCUUGGGACAGUGUCUCUGCUGUGCGUCAAUGCUACGGCGUUCACUCCAGCAUCGACGUCCGGAACAGACAGGUUCAACGACCAUGGCAUGACAAAGCUGAAGACGUAUCUUCACAAGCAUCGAGGGCAAAGCAAUUGCACCUUGGAAACAGCUGUUGUGCGCCAGGAGUGGAGCACCCUCUCGAACCCCAAGAAGAAGAAGUAUAUCGAUGCUGUACUGUGCCUGCAGUCAAAACCAGCAAUAAGCGGCAACCUCGCUCCAGGAGCAAGAUCACGCUACGAUGACUUUCUUGCAACUCACAUCAACCAAACUCUGACCAUCCAUGGUACGGAAAACUUCCUCAGUUGGCACCGUUACUAUAUCCAUACUUUCGAAGAAGCCCUUCGCAUUGAAUGCGGCUAUGAUGGUCACAUUCCCUACGCGAAUUGGGGAAAGUAUGCUGAAGAUCUGCUGAAUGCUCCCCUUUUUGACGGCAGCGAAUACUCUAUCUCUGCAAAUGGCAUGUAUAGAAACCAUACCGGUGCUUCGAUCCCCAGUGCAGCUAGUCCUUUCAUCCAACUCCCUGCAGGUCCUGGGGGUGGUUGCGUUACCACUGGACCUUUCAAGAACAUGACUGUCAAUCUUGGUCCCGUUUCGCCUGUGUUCAACGACGUCCCUACGAACCCCCGUCCUGAUGGCUUGGGCUACAACCCUCGCUGUCUGCGACGUGAUAUUGGUGCCUAUGCCGCCAGUAUCGCUUCCACAGAUGCCAAUAGUACAGCGUUGAUCAGACAAAACACAUACAUUGGAGAUUUCCAAACCGUCAUGCAAGGCGACUUUGCAGCAGGCCUGCUGGACGUACACACAGCCGGUCACUUCUGGGUCGGCGGCGACCCCGGUGGCGAUAUCUUCUCAUCGCCAGGAGACCCCUGGUUUUGGCUCCAUCAUGCACAGAUCGAUCGUACCUGGUGGAUCUGGCAGAACCAAGAUCCGGAGAACCGCAGUACUGCCAAGGGUAACAACUCUUUGGCUGGAACCAUUACUUUGAACAACAGCCCACCAUCCAGAAAUACGAGAUUGGAUGAUGUGAUUGAGUUGGGCGUCAAUGCUGAGGGUAUCUUGAUUGAGGAUGCGCUCAGCACCACAGCUGGGCCAUUCUGCUAUAUCUAUGUCUAG